UUACACCGUUUAAAAUUUAACCUACUUACCGAAAUGGUACAAAACUUGCCUGCAUUUAUUGUAUACAACUUAGUAAGACAGAAUGUCUAUAGUCUAGAUCUAGAUUGUUAAAUUAAUAUCAGGCACUGACAAUGCACUAAAGCCUGUUUCUGUUAUAAACAGAACGGAGAGUAGACUGUGAUCCAAACAAAACAUGAGUAAAGCCAUCUAUGACGUCAUUGUUAUUGGUGCAGGCAUUGAAGGCUCUUCUAGCGCUUACAAUUUGGCCAAAAGGGGGAAAAAAGUUCUUCUGCUUGAGCAGUUCCCUCUACCCCAUUCAAGAGGAAGCUCCCAUGGCCAAAGCCGCAUCACGAGAUAUGCCUAUGCCGAUGAGUUCUACGUCCGCAUGAUGGUCGACGCCUUUCCAAUGUGGGCGGAGCUGGAGAGAGAGUCUGGGGAAAAUUUCUUUGUCAACUGUGGGCUUCUGGAUCUUCACUUGGCCAACUCCAAGACCAUCACAAAAGUCACGAGCUCUUUGAAGGCGCACGACGUUCCUCACGAGGUGAUAAGCCCCGGGGAACUGAAGAGACGUUUCCCUCACUUCAAAGCCGGUGACAACUGUGCUGGGGUAUGGGACCCUAGCGGAGGUCUUCUGAGAGCGGACAGAGCUUUGAAAGCAUUUCAGACUGUUUUCCAAAAACUGGGCGGUGUCUUACGAGAUGAAGAGCCAGUUACUAAAGUCACACCAGGAGAUGUGGUUACGGUGGAGACGCCUAGAUCACUCUACAAAGCCAAUAGCCUGGUGAUCGCAGCUGGGGCCUGGGCGGGCAGGUUUUGUUCAUCUCUAGGACUCAAUGUGCCUCUACAGCCAGUCCGUACUGUUGUCAUGUACUGGAAAGUUGACAAAGACAAGAUUCAAAACUACAGCGACUCGACCUUCCCUUGUUUCAUCGACUCAAGAACGGAGGCGACAUUCACCAUCUACGGCUUUCCUAACAAGGAGUAUCCAGGACUAGUGAAAAUCUGUCUACAUCAAGGCGCUAUCACUGAUCCAGACGAGAGGGACAAAGUGGAGAAUGACUCUUGGAUUCUGGAAGAAGUUAAAAGAAUUCUGGCCCUGACUUUUGAUAACCUGGAGAACCAACCGGCCAUACGGGAAUACUGCAUGUAUACAAACACGCCUGAUCAUCAUCCUUAUAUAGACCGUCAUUCAACUUUCCCCAAUAUAGUCAUUGCUGCUGGAUUUUCAGGUCAUGGAUUCAAACUGGCUCCAGCAGUAGGAAAGGCUGUGUCUGAACUUGUGCUCAAUGAUACCUUCACCUACAACAUGGAACCUUUCAAAUUGAACAGAUUCUCGCCAAAAGCUAACCUCUGAUUGGUUGUUACAGCACAUAGGUCUAGGCGUUGGCCUUAUUUGUUGACGUUUAAGAAGGCAUUGUUUAAAAAUAUGAAAUAAAAUUAUACACUUGAA